AUGGCCAACCCCCGCGUUGAAGAGCUUCCCGAUGACGAGACCAAGAAGGUCUCCGUCGAGGAGCACGAGGACGAGAGCUCCGACUCCGAGGUUGAGGGCGAGGAUGCUGAGGGCCUUCCCUCCGGCUCCACCGCCGUCAUCCACUCCCGCAACGAGAAGAAGGCCCGCAAGGCCCUCGAGAAGCUGCACCUGACGAGAGUGCAGGGCAUCACCCGCGUCACCCUGCGCCGCCCGAAGAACAUCCUCUUCGUCAUCAACAACCCCGAGGUCUACAAGUCCCCCAACAGCAACACCUACAUCGUCUUCGGUGAGGCCAAGAUCGAGGACCUCAACGCCACCGCCCAGCAGGCUGCCGCCCAGCAGCUCGCUGCUGCUGGUGGUGAGCACGACCACGCCGGCCACAGCCACGCUGAGCCCAGCAAGGCCGCCGAGGCUGAUGCCAAGAAGGAGGAGGAGGAGGAGGAUGACGGCGAGGAGGUUGACGCCGAGGGCAUUGAGGACAAGGACAUCGAGCUCGUCAUGACCCAGGCCAACGUCAGCCGGAAGAAGGCCAUCAAGGCCCUGAAGGAGAACGACAACGACAUUGUCAACUCGAUUAUGGCAUUGAGCAUCUAG